UUUAUUUCAUUGAAAGUGAACAUAUUGAUUGACACAAUCCCAACUUUGGUAGUCUGCCCUGUUCUCAAAUCUCUCUCCAGUGCUCCUAACAUGGAGGACCAUACCUCAUCUAGCAGCAGUAGCAACACCAUCGACGACCACAAUGGAAACAACCACUGGAAUGCCGAAGAAGCCAUAGCAGGCAACGCCCAAGCUCUUCAAGCUCUCAGAGAACUCAUCACCUUCCCUACUCUCUAUUCACGCCAAGCUCGAAAACUCGGUCUCAAAUGGCCUCGAGGUUUAAUCCUCUACGGUCCUCCCGGCACUGGAAAGACAAGCUUGGUCCGUGCAGUGGUUCAAGAAUGUGGCGCCCAUAUAAUUGUUAUUAGUCCACAUUCUGUUCACAAAUCUCAUGCUGGGGAAAGUGAAAAGUUUUUGAGAGAGGCAUUUGCUGAGGCCUCAUCUCAUGCAAAGUCUGGAAAACCAUCAGUUAUCUUUAUAGAUGAAAUAGAUGCACUUUGUCCUCGUCGUGAUUCUAGAAAAGAGCAGGAUGUUCGCAUUUCUUCCCAACUUUUGAUAUUGAUGGACUCCAAUAAGUCCUCAGUUUCACACGUUGUUGUAGUUGCAUCAACUAACAGAGUGGAUGCCAUUGACCCUGCAUUAAGAAGGUCAGGACGCUUUGAUGCUGAAAUAGAAGUUACAACACCGAAUGAAGAGGAGCGUUUUCAAAUUCUCAAGCUCUACACUAAGAAGAUACCAAUGGAGUCUAGCAUUGACUUAAAAGCAAUAGCUGCAUCUUGCAAUGGCUUUGUUGGGGCUGAUCUAGAAGCCUUAUGUCGUGAGGCUGCAUGGUCUGCUAGUAAAAGGUCCUCUGAUGCAAAUGAAGAUGAUGUCAAAUUUCGAUUAACAAUGGAAGACUGGAACCAUGCAAGGUCUGUGGUUGGUCCAAGCAUAACAAGAGGUGUGACCGUGGAGAUCCCUAAUGUGACAUGGGAAGAUAUUGGAGGUUUGAAAGAUUUGAAGAAAAAGCUCCAACAAGCUGUUGAAUGGCCUAUCAAACAUUCUAAUGCAUUUACAAGGUUUGGAAUAUCACCUAUGCGUGGAAUUCUUCUGCAUGGUCCCCCAGGAUGUUCGAAAACAACACUCGCUAAAGCUGCAGCCCAUGCUGCCCAAGCGUCUUUUUUUUCCUUGAGUGGUGCAGAAUUAUUUUCAAUGUAUGUUGGAGAUGGUGAAGCUCUACUUCGCAAUACAUUCCGGAGGGCUCGCCUUGCAGCACCAAGUAUAAUCUUCUUUGAUGAGGCUGAUGUUGUUGCUGGGAAACGAGGUGCGAGUUCAAGCAGCAACAGUACAGUAAGUGAGAGGCUUCUAUCUACUUUGCUGACCGAAAUGGAUGGUUUGGAAGAGGCUAAGGGAAUUCUUGUGCUUGCUGCUACAAAUCGUCCUUAUGCAAUCGAUGAUGCAUUAAUGCGCCCUGGGCGCUUUGAUCUGGUGCUUUAUGUACCACCACCGGAUUUGGAAGCUCGAUGUGAAAUCCUUCAAGUACAUACUCGAAAAAUGAGAAUAUCAGAUGAUGUUGAUCUAUCAAGUAUUGCAGAAGAUACCGAGCUGUUCACAGGUGCUGAACUCGAGAGCUUGUGCAGGGAAGCUGGAAUGGUAGCUCUCAGAGAAGACAUAUCUGCAACUGUUGUAUGUGAUCACCAUUUCCAAACCGUGAAGAAAUCUUUGAAGCCGGCAUUAACAAAAGAAACAGUUUUAUCCUACUCGUGUUUCAUGAAGGGCUCGUCGGGGACAGUUUCUAACAAGUUUGAAUCAAAUGCAGAGCACAAGAACAAAAGACAUGAGUCUUUAGGAAUAAUUUGUGCAAUGAAAAUUGGUGUUUUGAGUUUGGUAUUUGCUGUUGCUAUGAAAUAUUUUCUCACUAGUACGGGUCGUACUCGAUAUGAACUAGCAACUACAUGAACAAGUAGAAGGCUGGAGAUUUUGUAUGAACUAGCCACUGCUUUCUUUUUGUAUUUGGUUCUCUUCUCAUUCCCAUUAUAAUAUAAAUUAAUUUCAAUUAAA